AUGGCAGGGAAGCGCCGCAUAAGUCGCCAGUACUAUGAGGAACCACGAGGAUUUCGUGAUGGUCCUCCUCCUCGACUUGCACGAGAAAGGUCUAUCUCACCACGUCGCUUCGAGGGAGAGCUGUCUAGCCGCCGUGAUGAGAUACGCAGAAUCCGUGAUGACAACCAACAUCUGGUGGAUGAAAUUGUUGGACUCAGGCAAGGAAUGUCUCAUUUGAAAGAAGAUCUCUAUUCCUCGAGUCAGGCUAUACCUAAGCUCCGUGCAGAGAAAGAACUUGAAUCGAGGGAGCUGACUCAGAGGAAUCUGAAGCUGGAAGCUGAGCUACGCUCUUUAGAACCCCAUAGGCAAGAUGCCUUGCAGCUACGAUCUGAAGCAGGCAUGCUGCAGUCUUUGAGGCAAGAGUUGACUGAAAAGGUGCAGGGUCUAACGAAGGAGGUUGAGCAUCGGAACUCUGAAAAGCAGCGCAUACCUGCCAUGGUAGCUGAACGAGAUGGUCUGCGACAGGAACUAAUUCGUGCCAGGGCCGCUCUUGAUUAUGAAAAGAAUGCAAAGGCAGAGCUGAUGGCACAGGUGCAGGCAGUGGAGAAGGAUCUUGUAACUAUGGCUCAGGAGUCUGAGAAGCUUAGGGCUGAGAUUGAGAAGAGAAGGCCACCUAGUUUCAGCGGCCAUGGAGCUUACAGACCACCUAUGACAACUCCUGGGAUGGGCUUGCAAGACAUCUACGACAGCGGCUAUUCUUACAGAGAGAAACACUACGGUGGUGGACCAUGGGACCCCCCUGGCUAUCCGCAUCCAUGA